AUGUCUAGUCGCAUUCAGUUCGCAGAGCCAAUUUCAAAGAAAAAACAAUAUGGGCCCUCAAAUCGUGGGAGGGAUAAUGCUGAAAAGGGGUCGGCACAACGAUCACUUUCGCCAGGGAGCGAAAUCGUUUAUCCAACAGGAUGGCGACUCGUUUUUACUACUAUCGGGCUCUUGAUUGGGUUCUUCCUAUCCAACUUAGAUGUUACGAUUGUUAGCUCUUCACUAACGAGCAUGACCGAUGAUCUGAACGGAUUCGAAAAACGAAGUUGGAUUAUUACGGGAUACCUGGCCACCUAUACAGGCUCCAUGGCGAUAUGGACCAAGCUCAGUGAUAUUAUUGGACGGAAACAAGCGACUAUUGCUUCUCUUUCCAUAUUGCUUGCAUUUUCGAUUGGAUGCGGGUGUGCUCAGACGGUCAACCAACUCAUCAUAUGCCGAGCACUACAAGGAAUAGGAGGCGCUGGUGCAUAUGCGCUGGCCAUCCUUUGCAUCUACGAAAUAGCGCCCAAAACACAACUUCCAACUUAUAGCGGUAUCAUGUCGUUCUGCCUAGCAGUGGCAGCUUUGACCGGGCCCAUCGUUGGAGGUGUGCUUGCACAGCAUGCAGCCUGGAGAUGGGUAUUUUUAAUCAACGCUCCUUUGUGUGCACUCGCGAUCGCUAUAAUUAUAGUAGCAAUGCCAAAACACUUUGGCCUUGACCAACACACACCCUCAUUCAGAACGCGAGCAUCAUACCGUUCGUUUGCCAACGUCGACUUUGUGGGUUCAUUUUUGAUGAUAACGAGCACCUUUUUGAUUAUCACUGUCUUAAACGAAGUCAAUUUGGCCUUUUCCUGGAGCUCAAGAGGCUCAAUAGCUCUUCUCAUCCUCACGGGUGUCUCCUGGGUUGCUUUCUUUGCCUGGGAGUGGUACUUGUCUGGCAUUCCUGGAGCAGACCCAAUAUUCCCCAGACGAUGGCUUUGUGACCGUCCAUGGAUGGGCAUUCUCAUCUCCUCAUUCGUUACCGGUGCAGUGUGGAACGUCGUCCUGGUUUACGUCCCGCAACAAGCCCAGAUUCUUCUAGGGAAGUCGCCUCUUGAAUCAGGUAUUUACUUGAUUGCAUACUCCGCUGUUGCAGCUGUGGCAGCGGCUGUCAUCAAUAUCGCCAGCUCCAAGGGGCGUAUUCCUUUCGUUUACUCCCUACUCGUGGGAUGCAUCAUCCACACCGUCGGUACCGGGCUUUUAUCCACAAUAACCAGAACGAAAGGAUCCCAUGCCACAGACUUCGGUUAUGAAAUUAUUGCUGGUGCCGGAAUUGGCAUCACGCUUGGUGUCUUAUUACUUUCAACACCUUACAUUGUUGAAGACCGAGAUCUUGCGAUUGCCACCGGAACUGUCGUCCAGCUACGAUUUCUUGGCGGUGCUCUUGGUCUCGCCAUCGCGUCCAACAUUCUUAAUGGCCGCCUGAUACAUCAUCUCAGGGACGUUUUGACAUCACACGAGCUUCACCUAUUCUUGGAAAAUGUGACAACAGUAAAGAAAUUGUCUCCAUAUCUCCAAGAGGAAGUGAAGAGUGUGUUUGCCGAUAGUUACCGUAUCCAGUUAAUAGUCAUGAUCGGCUUUGCAGCCGCUCAGCUGCCGGCAGUCUUGCUCUUGAUAAAACCUGGACGACAACUUGCGGUAGACAAGGACCGAGGCGUCUCGGUUAGCAACCCUGCAUGA